CCAAGAUGUUUAGAGUUUAUUCAAAGAUCCUAAGAAGACCAAAGACUUGACUAUUUUACCUCCCUACAAUGAACUUCAGCUUUGAUAAGGAAUCCCUAGAUAUUCUAGCCCAGUUAGAUGAGAAGCUGAUGAAGGAUGGUGAUUCAACGAUUAGAAGCGACCCUCAUGUUUAUAAAAAGAAGGACACCGUCGUGUAUAUUAAAAAUCUACAGGAACAAGCCAAAUUCUUAAGCCUCUUAAAAAUAAACAGCUCUCUGGCCUUGACAAUAGGGAUUGAAAAAUCAAUAGUAACAGCACUGAUUCUGAACAAUUUGAAGGGAGUGGGUACGCAUGACUCUGUUUCUUUUGCCUCAUCUACUGACAUCCCAAUUUCACUCACAGGGCUAGGCAAUAUCAUCAAUUUUACUGGAGCCCCUAUUAUCCCUUCUCUGACAGAGCAGGAGAACAAAAUUGAGCUACAAUCAAGCAGUGAAACCGUUGGGUUGAUCUCUGGGUUGCAGGGGGCACCCUACAAGAGGAAUCUUGUGAGCCGUCAGCUGUACACUGGGCACAUGAGGAUAGACCUAAAUCAACCAAUGGUAGAGAAUAAUUUUAUAGUUCUCAAAGGUCCCUCCAACGCUGGUAAGAAUCUAGUCGUGAAGGAUAUGAUUCACUACUUCUUAAAUGAGGAAACUGAAGAAGACAGGAGAGUUAUCUAUAUUACUUCAUCUCUUAAAGAUGCCAGAAAUCUUCACGAAAAUGUCCUUGGGGAGGAAAGAUCCAAAUGAACUGUAGUCUCAUCUCAGGAGAUGUACAAUAAUGCAGCAGAAGUGUACUUGAUGCCCAGAGCUGGACUUGUCCUCGCUCAGAAACUUGUCGAGAAGAAAUGUAAUGUUCUCCUCAUUUUUGACAAGAUCAUUGAUUACGAUGUAAAAGAGAAGCAAAUCUUCGAUAAUGCCAAACAACCCUUCGCACCAACAAAUAUUUUUAGUGAAAUCAUGGAAAAUUGUGGAGAUUUUGGACCAGGCAAAGGAAAAAUGACUUCUGUAGUAGUUGCUGAUACGGACACACUUAAUAUUGAGCAUGAGAGAAGCAUGACCAACCUUAGGACUCAUCUAGAAUCUAUAGCAGAUCAAAUUAUUGAGUUUGAGCCUUCAUUCAAGUCCAUGAAAAGCUCCUUGCCAAAGCUUGACCUUCUCACAUUUACAGGAUUUAAUCAAGAUUACUGGCAAAAACCUUUGAUUGCAUCUAUCAGGAAAGAUCUAGAACAUUUUAGCCACUUGCUUAAGGAUGCUUAUAGAAAUAAUAAGAACAAGAGAGAUUAUGGAAUCCAAGAAGACCCUUGGGAGAACUAUCUAUACCAUGAUUCCCAAUUCAUAAUCCCUCUGAUAAAUCAUCAAGAGCCACUAGAUAUCAUAACCCAAAUCUUGUUGUUCAAGUUCAUUCACCGGACUGUUGGUGAUGAUGCUUAUGCCGAUUCAGACUGGAACGAAUGAAUAUCUGAACAUUUACAGAAGCCUAAGGACCUGAUCGCUAGCCUAAAGCACUUCUCUAAAUCCUACAAUGAAUUUCCCAACCAGAGGACCAUCUCCGACAUCAUCCAGACCCAUCUAAACUCAGAGUUCCCCAAAAAUUCCUUCGAGGACUGGAACAUCGCCGAGGAAGAAGUGUUCAAAAUCAACGAACAAAUCGACCAAUUCCUAAAGAUGUUCUACACGAACGCCAAAAUUAAUGGAGGUCUUAGGCCCCACAAGCUAGACUAUUGGAAGAAUAUUGUAUAAUCAGCCUUAAAAUC